AUGGCAACAACAACUGAUAAAGCUCAUUGUAUUACAUGUGGAAAAGAAAAAACUUCAUAUAAAUGUGAAGAUUGUUCACAACAUUUUUGUGCUAAUCAUUUGGCAGAACAUCAACAAACACUUAGAAAACAAUUAGAUGAAGUAGAAGAUAGACAAAAUCUUUUUAAAGAGGCAUUUAAUCAAGAAAAAAUGAAUCCACAAAAGCAUUCAUUAAUGCAAUUAGUUAAUAAAUGGGAACAACAGUCAAUUAAAACAAUUCAGCAAACAGCAGAAGAAGCUAGACAAUUGUUAAUUCAACACACUACUGAAUAUAUUAAUCAAACGGAAGUUAAGUUAACCAAAUUCACUAAACAAUUGAGACAAAUUCGAGAAGAAAACAAUGUUCAUGAAAACAUUGUGAAUCAGUUUAAACAAAAAAUAAAAGAACUAGAAGUUGAGUUUGAUAGAUUGUCAAAUAUCUCAAUUCAAGAAGAUUCUUCAUUAUUUAUUCCUAAAAUAUCUGUCGUUAUUUCUUCAGCAUCAUUAUCUAUUUCAAAUGUUCCUUCGGAUGCAAAAUGGCAACAAAAUGGUAUUAUUGUUGCUGGAGGAAUUGGAGUUGGUAAUGGAUUAAAUCAACUCUCUAAUCCAUAUGGUGUUUAUGUCGAUGAUGAUGAUCAAACUAUCUAUGUGGCUGAGUAUGCAAAUCAUCGUAUUGUUGAAUGGAAAAAAGGAGCGAAAAAUGGUCAGGUCGUUGCUGGUGGAAAUGGUCCUGGAAAUCAAAAUAAUCAAUUGAAUCGACCAAGAAAUGUCAUUGUUGAUAAAAAGAAUGAUUGUUUC